AUGCUUCGUAAACUUUUUCCUCAACAGACUACUUUAUCAACAACAAUAACAUGGUUUCGAUCACUUUCAGUUACACCAGUCUAUCAUGGUCGACCACCACCAGAAGUUUUUACUGGUAGUAAUUGGCAACCACCAGAUACAAUUCGUACCGAUCAUCAUCCUGAACCAAUUGGUGUACCUGAUGAUUGGGAUAAAUAUAACCGUGUUGUUUAUCCACCAGCAGCGCCUGGAGAAAUACAACGAACAGGGUAUGUUCACCAUUGUCGAACGUAUAUUCGAGGAAAUAUCAAGAAAUAUUGGUUUCUUGCUCAAAUGAUUCGUGGUAUGAGUAUUGAUGAAGCUAUUAAACAAUUAUCUUUUCAUAAACUACCAACAGCAAUUAAAAUGCGAGAAACAUUAAUCGAAGCACAAGAAAUGGCUGUUAAAGAACAUAAUAUUGAGUAUAAAUCAAAUUUAUGGGUGUCUCAAUCAUUUACUAAACGAGCUUUAAUUGUUAAAGGUUUACGUCGUCGACCAAAAUAUAAUUAUACUGCUCUUCAUUAUCGUUAUUUUCAUUAUAUGGUUCGUCUUGAAGAAGGACCAGCACCUGGAAAAGAAGGUCUUUAUGGACCUAAAUAUCCGGAAUUAAAUGUUCGUCUCGAGAAACGAUUAGAACAUUUGAAUAAUCGAAAAUUAUUAGGCACUAUUGCAUGA